AUGGCUAGAGUGUCCUAUUUAAUAUUGUGGAAUCAGAACGUUAACUCUAUCAAAAUUGAACAAUUAGAUGUACCCAUGUACCCAGAGCUUCAUUCAACCGAAAUAAUUUUAGAUUGCGUUUACAGUAUGGCAGAAAAUGAAAACACUGAUUUGUUAACGGUGAAGUGGUUCUUCAAUUACCAACCAUGGCCAGUUUAUCAGUGGAUAGCGAAUUAUAAACCUAUGGAAAGCGCUAAAUUAAAAAAGUUACAAGAAAGCUGCAUAAACCUUCGAGACGCGAGGCGCCUCCGACCACAAGCCGGAAGAUGGUGGCCUACGUCUUACGCCACUUCUGGUCCUUGA